AUGAUGCUGGUGGCGCUGGCAUACUGCGGCGCACUGGUGCCGCUGGCCCACGCCCAGAUCUACGAGACCGUCUGCCGCGAUGCCAACUGCACGGACGUGGCGCUGGGGCCGCUGGCCCUCAUCCCGCAGUGCUACCGCACGCAGCAGGGCUCGAUCCGGCUCAGCAUCAACGAAUCGGACCGCAACCGGCUCGAUCUCUGCUUCUACGCCGCCGAUGACUGUCCGCCGUUGGACGGCACUGCAGCAGCAACGAACGGCGGUGGUGGCAACGUGAGUGCGGCGGCGGCGGCGGCGAGCUCGUGCCAUUCGUUCGUGAACGGCCAGACGUGCGAUUGUCCGUUUCUGCGCGGGAUGAACAGCUCGCUGUACGUCAGGUUCUCGUGGGACGCCGACAACAUCAAACUGCUGCAGGACCUCAUCGAAAUCAUGCCCAGCUACCAGCGAUCGAAGCGACAGAUCCUCAAUAACUUCUUUGGGCUGGCUGAGUUCGGUAACUGGUGCGGCUCAGGCCACGGCGGCACUCGCGAUUGCUGCAACGGCCAAAAGUGCUCUCAGUGCAAUUACAACCAAGGUCUAACAACCUCCUGUCUGCGCCAAUGCCCUGCGAGGGACCAGCUCGAUAUGGCCUGCGCCGUGCACGACUUCUGCACCACCAAUUACGACUACGAGCGCAUCCUGCCCGCUGGAUCUGACUUCAGCUGCUCCGCCCUCUUCGGCACUCUGCAAGGCGACUACUGUGCGUGCGAUUGCCAGCUGCUGCUGGUGCGCACUUGCCUCUAG